AUGGCUCGGGCCGAAGGCCCACGCUUUGAGAAGGUGACCUGGUACAAGGAGCCUCACCUGAGAAAGCUGUAUGCCAUGUCACUCGUCCUCAUGAUCGCGUCUAGCACCACCGGGUACGAUGGCAGCUUGAUCAACACGUCCCAGCAGCUCCAGCUGUGGCAGGAGUUCUUUGGGGAGGCCAUUGCAGACAAUAACAAACUCGGUAUCCUGGUCAACAUGUUCAACAUCGGAUCGAUUGCGUCUUUUUUCAUCACACCUUAUGUUGCUGACCAUCUCGGCCGCAAGGUUGCCAUUACCUUUGGUUGUUUAUUCAUGGUUUCCGGAGGAUGCAUGACGGCGUUUUGUAACGGCUAUGCAGUCUACAUCUGCGGUCGCUUUGCCCUUGGAUUCGGCAAUUCGCUGUCCCAGAUGGCCUCGCCUUUGCUGUUGACCGAAAUUUGUCAUCCGCAACACCGUGGUCCUGUUACAGCCAUCUACAACUGUUUAUGGAAUUUUGGUGCCUUGCUUGUCUCUUCCAUUGGAUGGGGCACCGCAUAUAUUCCAAAUGACUGGUCGUGGCGUUCUAUCACGCUAAUUCAGAUCGUCCCGUCCGUGGUACAAUUGAUCUUCAUCUGGUGGUUGCCUGAAUCACCACGAUACCUCGUCAACAAAGAUCGGAACGACGAGGCUUUGCUAGUCUUAUCCAAGUACCACGCCGGCGGAAACGUACACGAUGCCAUUGUCCAGUUCGAGUAUCUGGAGAUUAAGCAGACGAUCCAGAUGGACCGAGAUACCGACAAGGCAACCUCAUACCUUGACUUCUUCCGGACAAAGGGAAAUAGGUGGCGACUGGCAAUUCUUAUCUCGCUCGGGAUCAUCUCGCAGUACUCCGGGAACGCUCUGUUCUCGAACUAUAUGAACACCAUCUACGAGGGCGCGGGCAUCACGCAUCAGAACCAGAAACUGGCCAUCUCCACGGGAAAGACCAUUCUUGACUUGUUUGUCACUAUCGUCGCCGCUCUGAACGUGGACCGAUUUGGACGCCGUCCCCUAUUCCUGAUAUCUACAUCAGGAAUGGUCGUGUCAUUUGCCUGCUGGACAGCCACAGGUGCGGUGUACGAGAACUCUGGUCUCACCAAUGUCCAAAGCGGCUAUGGUCAACUGUUCUUCAUCUGGAUCUUUGGUAUCUUCUACGAUAUUGGAUUCUCUGGUCUCCUGGUGGCAUAUGCCCUAGAGAUCCUUCCCUUCCACCUGCGUGCCAAAGGCAUGAUGAUCAUGAAUAUCACCGUUCAGGCCAUCCUCGCGGUGGGAAAUCAAACGAAUAAGAUUGCCUGGGACAGCUUCCCUAAGCAUUGGUACUUCAUGUUGUUCUACACAAUGUGGGAUGUGGUCGAGCUCAUAUUUGUCUGGUUCUUCUACGUCGAGACCAAGGGGCCGACACUUGAAGAGAUUGCCCGUAUAUUCGACGGAAACGAUGCUGUGGCACAUAUCGAUCUUCAUGAGAUCGCCAAGGGUAUUCACGGGGAGUACAAUGAGGAUGUCCACUACGACGCGUAUUAUUCCGAGAGGCGGCGAUACUAG